GUAUAUUAUUUACAUUCUUUCCAAAAGUGAAUUGCAACAAACGUGAAAUAAACUAAUAAACGAAAAGUCUGUCACAAACAACGCCGCUUAAAGUCAAUUUACGUCAGGUAUACGACGUCGUUAUUGACACGGGAGAUAAUCAACAACUCCUCCCCUCUUUUCCUCUCUGCGUUUUCUUCGACUAUAGAACUCUGUUUUUUUUUUUUUCUUCAGAAUUUUAUUACUAAAAAUAAAACAAACCCAUUACUUAAAAUGGAAAUCCCGUUGCCUUUGGAUAAACUUUCUCUUCCACCAAUACCCAAUGGAGAUAAAAUUAAUGUAGUUUUAGUAGCCACUGGAAGCUUCAAUCCUCCUACUUUGAUGCACUUACGCAUGUUUGAACUGGCUAGAGAUGCGUUGAAUUCAGAUGGGUUUUGUGUUAUAGGAGGCUAUAUGUCACCUGUUAAUGAUGCAUACAAGAAAAAGGGCCUUAUAGCUGCAGAACAUCGUAAUGAGUUGUGCAAUCUGGCCUGCAAAAGUUCUGAAUUUGUCAUGGUUGAUCCUUGGGAGGCAAAUCAAAGCUCUUUUCAGCGCACUCUAACUGUUCUGGCUCGAGUCAAGAGCUUCCUGACUGAGGGUGGACUGAUACCCAAGGAAACCCUUAAAGUCAUGCUUGUUUGUGGUUCUGAUUUACUUCAAUCUUUCAGCAUUCCUGGCUUUUGGAUUCCUGAGCAGGUUCGAAGCAUAUGCAAAGAUUAUGGUGUGGUUUGCAUUCGCAGAGAAGGACAAGAUGUUGAAAAAAUCAUCAAUGAUGAUGAAAUUUUGAAUGAAAACAGGGAUAACAUUAAAAUUGUGGAUGAAAUUGUACCAAACCAAAUCAGUUCAACUAGAGUGAGGGAAUGUAUUUCAAGAGGAUUGUCUAUAAAAUAUUUGACUGUAGAUGAAGUGAUUGAUUAUAUCAGAAAACAGCACCUGUACUUGAACUCAGAUGAGAAAUGAAGAUCAACUAACUGAUCAUAUUCAUAAUUUUUAAUUCUUAUCUGUAAAGACCAUUGAUGAUUAAAGCUCUGUUUAUCAGUAAUGGAGUAAUUUGUUUUCAUUUGUAUAGGAGCAACAAUUCUAAUAUCUUACCAAUCUGGCAGCCAUUGAUUGAACUGACUCUAUCACUAUUAGAUUAAAGUUUUUAAUCCUUAUCUCUUUUCAU